GGAGCCUUUCUUUGACUUCAUCCUCUCUCUGGGAGACCACAGACUGGUGAGUUAGUCAGAUUCAUCCUCUCUCUCUAGGAGACCACAGACUGGUGAGUUAGUCAGAUUCAUCCUCUCUCUAGGAGACCACAGACUGGUGAGUUAGUCAGAUUCAUCCUCUCUCUCUAGGAGACCACAGACUGGUGAGUUAGUCAGAUUCAUCCUCUCUCUCUAGGAGACCACAGACUGGUGAGUUAGUCAGAUUCAUCCUCUCUCUAGGAGACCACAGACUGAACCAGGAGAAUGACAUGCUGAAGGACCUUCUGAAGACUAACGUGGAGAAGGCCGUAAUCAUGGAGGUGUACAGCACUAAGACCAUGAAGCUGAGGGAGGUGGAGGUGGUGCCCAGUAACAUGUGGGGAGGACAGGGCCUGCUGGGGGCGUCUGUCAGGUUCUGUAGCUACCAAGGAGCCAACGAGAACGUCUGGCAUGUGCUGGAUGUGGAUGUGAACUCACCAGCUGCGUUGGCCAGCCUUCAGGCCCACAGUGACUUCAUCGUUGGAGCAGACCAGGUGUUGCAGGAUUCGGAGGACUUCUUCUCGCUGAUCGAGACCCACGAGGGGAAACCUCUGAAACUGCUGAUCUACAACACAGAGACAAACGCCUGCAGAGAGGUGGUGGUCACACCCAACGGGGCCUGGGGAGGAGAGGGGAGUUUGGGUUGCGGUAUCGGAUACGGCUACUUGCACAGGAUCCCAUCCAUGUUUCCCUCUCUAUCUGAAGACGACUCCACACCAGCGAUCCCCGCCAAUGGAUACGAAGAGGCGUCUCUGAUGGUGGGUCAGUCCGGCCCACGCCGGGGACAGGGAACAGAGAUAACAGACCAGGAUAACAGACUGGAACAGAUCACUCUGCAGGAAGAGGACAGUCCUCUACCUCCACCCAUACAGGGUGUCAUGGAUCCAGGCUUCUCUGAGUCUGAGGUGGCUAUGAUGGCCCCUGACCCAUCAGAAGACAUGGCUGAUCGUCUGGACCUGUCCGUCUCGUCCAUCGACAUGACCGGCACCUCUCUGGCCGUACACGAGGAUGUGCAUGAGGAAAACCACAGCAACAACAUCUCCGGCAUCGAAGAGCUGGGUGACAGUGAGAUUCCUGAGACGCCACCAGAGAACUGGAUGGAGACUGAACCUCGGGAGUCCCUUAUCAUGACCACCGACUCACAAGACCAAGCGUCUGAAUCCGCUGGAUCCCCUGACACCGUUGUGGAGGCCCCAUUCGCCCCUCUUGUUGAUGCUUCUCUCCCAGACCCAGACAUCACCUCCUGCCCUCCCCUGGACCUCCUACCCCAGGACCAGCUCCAGCCAGAGCCCCAGGCUGGCCUCCUGCUUCAGCCCCAGGUAAGUGACAUCUUGGGGGACUCACUCACUCAGGAGGACGUCGCAUUGGAUGGAACACCACCAGAGCCAAUGGUAGCGCCUGACGUCAUCAGCUCACUGGAGCAACUCUCUGUGGAGCAGUCUGAAACCGCCGCAGAGAAACACCACCAUGACGACCACGAGUGUUGCCAUGACCACCACCACGAGCAUGAGGUCAGCAACCAGGAAGUGGAGGAAGAGUAGGUUUGUGUGUUUCUUGCCGGGUCUGGUCACUGCCUGAAGAAACACUAGCAGAGAUACUGAGCAGUCAAACAUGGGGCAUUUUCAGAACGCUGGUGAAAAGACCUGGGGUGAUGUAUUGAGAUGAGACACUAAUAGAACCAGAUCGAAAUGUAAUGAAUUUAACUGACACGGUUCCCCAAUUUUAUAUGAUGACGAUGGAUGUCUGUUCUAUACUAUACAUUUCUAUCUGAACAGGCCUCUGUUAUAUGAGUGAUGGCGAGCGUACAGUCUACAGUUGGUAAGACGGUAUGGUCCGAGAGAACGUUGUACAGUUUUUUUUUUUUGAACGACUGGUUGGAUGGUUCGAAGGGUCACGAGACAGAUCAUGAUAGAAAUACUCAGACAUACAUAAUAGCUCUCUUGUAUUUUUGGGUGUAGUAUCCUAUGUUACAAGUUCAGCUUAAUGCUCCGAUUAGCCAUAAGGGUUCCAAUGUAAUGUUAUGAACAUUUUGUAGUUUGUUUUAGUGUAAAAAAAAAAAAAAGUAAUUUUUUAAAAUUGUUUUGGAUUUCCAAAAAAAAAAAAAAAAAAUGGUGGAAUGCCCGUUUAAUAGAUCCAAAGAUAAUUACACACACAGAUAAAUACAUUGUUUAACUGCUUUAUAGAAUUCACUACGACAAACCGGUGAUGUAUAAACUUAAAGCAUAGUUGCACCUUUUUUAAUAUUUUAUUUGUGACAACAACACAACCUUUUUUUUUAGUCCUGUAAUUCCACUGUUCCUGUUGAAAUACACUACUUGACAAAUACGAGUGGACCUCAUAGACCUGGGUCUAAUACAUUCAAAUACUUGAGCUGCGCUUGAUUUAGUUUGCCAGUAGACUUGCAUGGCCCUCCUUCCAAAUCCCGUCUCGUUGACUCGAACGUGAGAAGCCUGGGCUUCCGAGGUUAGUUUGCCAGGCACAAUGGAGUAGUCACAAAAGUGCAAACUUCAAGCUAAAUUAAGCGCAUCUCAAAUGUAUAUUUUUACAUACGUACUUGACCCAGGUUCAGUACCUCGUGACAUCUAUAUAAUCAAAUCGGGUACAGCUUCUUUUGCUCUUUAAAAAAAAAAAACGCCUAUCAUUUGGAAGGGUUCAAGGUGAAACUUGUAAAGGCCGUCAUUGUAAAUAAGAAUUUGUUCUUAACUGACUUGCCUGGUUAAAUAGAGGUUAAUAAAUAUCCUUCGCACUUCAGCAAAAAAAGGAGCAGCAAUGAUUUUUAAAAAUCAUGUGAAGAACUUACCAAGACAAACUUCCAAACGGACUAGAAAGGAGGUGGAGCACUCCACACAAAAAUGUUGACUUUUAUUUUAGCUCACUUUAAUCCAUUGUACAGGAUGAGAACAGGUGACGUCUUCCUUGGUUACUGUUAUAGGAAUCAAUGUUAAAUUAAGUUUAAAAUAUUUGGAAAAAGUCAUUGUUUUUAAAGCAUCAAAUAUAGCCAUUUUUGUUAGUUUUGUGUUUACAAAAGAGAGCCAUUUUUGAAUGUGGGAUCAGGUUGUAGUUUUUAGUUCUUAAACUCAAGAAAGUUGAAUCUUUACUUAAGAGGGAGAGGUAGACCUGUUUUCAAUAAGUUACAGUGCAUUUAUUUGUUGGCCGAUUUAUAAUUGUAUGGAUUUCUGUAGCGUAAGGGUCAGAUUCAAUCCGAUCGCGUUUUGUCGGCUAUGCACCUUUUAUAAAGUCAACGUUCCUGUGUUCGCAGAGAACGCAUUCACCAACGAUGCAUAUGUUGGCUCAAUAGUAAAUUACCUUUUGAAUGUCAAGUGUGCUAAAUCUCAAAUCUACCGAAUGAUCGGAUUGAAUCCCAGCCUUUGAUGCGGUGCAUUUUAGUUUUUACACAGUGUCAUUUUAUGGAUUUCUGUACACCCUAGGUGAAAGGUCAUUAUUUUGUAAACUUACAGUAGGGAAAGUCUCUCUCAUUCCUCCAUGUUACCUCUUAUCCGUGUCGUCAUUUUUGUGAUCUAUGCAAUUGUCAGCCAUGUUUGUAGUUUUUGUGACUUUUUCUUUUGCUGUAGGCAACAUACUGUAGCCAUCAUGGAAGUCAUCUGUAAGCUGGAACCACAGACAAUACAGUAUCAGGGCUGGGGUCAGUUCCAUUUAAAUCAGUCAGUUCAGGAAGUACACUGAAAUAUCCAAUUAUCUUCAAUGCUUUCUGAAUUGACUGGACUUGAUAUUGAAUUGACCCCUAACCCUGUGCUGUAGCUUCUGAUUAAAUAGUGACACUACUGUUGUUAGUUUAAUAUAAAUGCUUUUCUGGAAGGGAAGGUUCUUUUUGGUCUUUUAUUUAGGUUAGAUACUUAGUUGCGAGAAAUGAGGGGAGGGGAAAGUAUUUUAUCAAUGAAUGGAGAGUUUUUAUUGUUACGAAUGAGUGCAAAUGAAAUUCUGAUUGUGAAAAUGUAUGAAUAUUCUCUGUAAAGCUUCUGAUGCAAAAAUGGAAUCACUACUAGUCACUGGAACAAAAAAAAUAAAAUGGUCACAAUUUA